GUCGCGGUCACGGGUCUCUCAUCUGACCUGCCUGAGCCGGACCGGAACGCAGGACAUGCAUCCUCGUACACGGACCUCUCACGCUGCGUCGGGGCACUGAACGAUCUACCUGGAGUUUGUCAACGCGUAGCGACUCACCGACACUACCUCUAUAGAGCGGUCCUCUAUGACCCAGCUAUAUGCAGAAAGGCCAUGGAUCGUCUCGGAUUUUGCCUCUAUCCGCAUGCAAGGUCCUGCCAAAGGUCACUCGCCGACAAGUACUGCGCGUUCGAUCACCCGACGUCAAGCCGCGCUACGGGCCGGCAGACAUUAAUGUCAUGCACGUCCAGCUGGGCGAGCAUAAAUCGCACCCCUCGAGUGGCGCUCCCCGACACUCGACGGCCGCUCUCAUCCAACCUAGGUUCCACGGACUGAAGACUAGCAUCCAGGGAUGCUUGCCUCAACGCUACCGUUCCUGCUGCUUGUCACGGUCGCAUGUGCUCGUGGUAUUUCGGCAAGCGCGUUCUACUGGCCCAACGUCAAGCACGUCUUCUCGUUUGGGGACUCGUACACGGAUACCUACGCGCGGUUCGUAAAUGGCACCUUGACCGCGAGCCAUGAUUUGAAGUCUACUUCCGGCGGUAAGAUGUGGAUCGAGUGGUUGACGGACACGUACAACGUCAGCACGGUUGAGCUGUACAAUUUCGCGCGCGUGUUCCCUGAGAGUCCCGGUGGGCGUAGAUACGGCGGUGCAGUCACGGACGAGACGAUCGUCGCGCAGAGCUCCUCGUCGACGCAGAGUUUCCGCGACCAGGUCAACAACUUCCUCGCCGGAUACGCGAACAACAGCGCGGUUCCCUGGACGGCAGACGACUCGCUCUUCACAGUCUUCAUCGGCAUGCGAUACUCCUUGGCGGCGUCCUCUGUAGGAAUCAACGACAUCGGCAAGAGCUACUACUGGACCAACGAGACCCAGCAUACCACGAACGCUCGUGUCCUGGCCUCCUACUUCGAGCGCCUGGCGCUCCUCCGCUCCGCCGGCGCGCGUAACUUCCUGCUCCUCCAAUCCGCGCACACCGCGCCGGGCGAGCCGAACAACGGGACGCUGCAGUCGCUCGCCGCGCUCGACUACAACGCGCAGCUCGCACAGAACAUCGAGGGCUUCACGCGGAACUCGAGCGCGCUCGGGGUGAGCGUGAACGUCGCGAUACAUCCGACCCAUGCGUUGUUCGACUUUGCGCUGGACAAUGCGGAGGUGCUGGGGUUCACGAACGUUGCGUCUGGGUGGUGGACGGGCCUAGCGGACCAGGACCAGUACUCGGCUGCGACGUACUUCUGGUGGAACAACUUUCACCCAACCUGGGGAGUUCAUGACGUACUGGCGCAUAGCGUGUCGACGUUCUUGUCGAAACGGUCAGGGCUGUAGUAGACACAUUAGGUUUGAAGACACAGUGUUUGAUGAAAUAUUGCUUGCAAGGUGUUCUGGCGGACAUGUUAGACUGCCAUGAACGAAAUUCCAACACAAAAGACUCACGACCGGCAACCAUCAUGAAAAACGCCAAGUGUACCAUAAUCAUCAUGAGCCCAUCUACGAAAUUGAGUUUUGUCUCGGAUGGUCUGCUACUUUGUGUUUUGCACGCACGGCUGUCAGCCGUGCUACCUGACGUCUAGCUGUAUGCGUCAUGC